AUGGAUGCCCUACCCUUGCAAACUCGAGGUCUUGUGACCGAGGCUUCAAAGGCUGGCUACAAGCUCAUGCCCGUGAUUCUCGAUGAUAUGCGCCCAGACGAACUGUUGGUGGAGAUGAAGUAUUCCGGCAUAUGCCAUACCGAUCUCAUCGGUGCGAAUGGUGCAUAUGAUUAUGUCCUCGAUUUCCCUGCUGUGCUCGGACACGAAGGCGCUGGGAUAAUUCGAGAAGUAGGAUCGUCAGUGAAGGAUACGAAUCCAAAAGUCGGGACCAGUGUCAUUCUGUCUUUCAACCAUUGUGGAAGCUGCAAUAACUGCAAUUCUCAACACCCCGCAUGUUGCGUAAAUUUUGAAGCACUCAAUCUGGGAGCUAGACGGCUCACUGACAAGACCACUUCAGCUCGUUUACUGGAUGGACGGCGGGGGGUGAGCCAGUUCUUUGGGCAAUCGUCGUUUCUUAACCAUUCGGUGGUGAGCAAGUAUCCAGUGAUCCCUUGUCCCUAUCCUGAGGACCUUGCAGUGUAUUCAGCUUUGGGUUGCGGUUUUCAAACAGGGGCUGGUACGGUUCUGAACAGCCUUCAACCGACGGCCGACGAUUCUCUCGUUGUUUUUGGUGCGGGUACAGUUGGAAUUGCUGCGAUAAUGGCGGCAAAAUAUCUUGGCCUUCGGCAAAUCAUUGCAAUUGACCAGAUAGGGGAGAGGCUCACAAUAUCCAAAGAGCAAGGUGCCACGCACACGAUCAAUACCCAGAAUACUCCAGAUUUCAUACACGAGAUUCAUUCCAUCACAGGUGGCGGCGCUCGCUAUGCAUUAGAAUGCACUGGUGUUUCUCUAUUCAUGGAGAAAAUGUUGGAGUGUGUGUGCUGCGGCGGUUGUGCAGUUGUGGUGGGUGUACCGAAGCCCGAUUUUAUGUUAAAAAUAGACCCAAUGAAACUACUACAUGAGAAUAAAACGAUCCGGAGAAAUCAGUUUAUACCUGAAAUGAUAGAGCUUCACAGAUCUGGAAACUUUCCAUUGGAAAAGCUUUGCACAUUCUAUGACGUUUCCAAAUUCGAAGAGUGUAUUCAAGACACUCGAGAAGGCAAGAUAAUAAAGCCUAUCCUAAGGUGGUAG